AUGUCUAAUAUUUUAAGGAUAUGUCCCAAAUGCCAAGUAUCUCCAGCUACAAUCCAGUGUAUUGAUUGUGAAGAAAAAAUGUGUUACUAGUGUGAAUAGAAAGUACAUUAAAAAUUGAAAUAACACAGAACAGACAUCCUUCCCUAUUCAUGUAAAGCAUUUAUUAAAAAAGAGAUGAAACAGAUUAAAACGACCUAAUCUAUCAUCAGUGGCUAAUCAGACCACUCUAAUGUCUCUUAGGAAUUAAAGCAAGAACUGAGUGAAUUGGAAUCAAUUAUUCAAGCCAAAAAGGAAUUUCUAGCUAAACAAGAAGAAAAGUGGAGUACUUAGAUCAGUUCUCUUGAAAUCUAAUAUGAAAAGAAAUUAAAGGACUUUGAAAAAGAAAUUGAAAAUAAUGAGGAUUAAUUAAAAAAUUAUUAUUCAAGCGGAAAUACUACUUUCUAGAUUGCUGACAUCAAGAAGUAAAUGGAAACAUAAAUGCAGUAAGAAUCUAAAUAUAUAAUCAAUAGAUAAGCAUGGAAAGAGUUGAAUGAUAAAAAAGCUAAACUCCAAGAAAAAGAAGCAUUACUCAAAGACAUGAUCCAAACAGAAGAGUUUUGCUCUAAGGAAAUUGCCUAGAAGGAGAAAUUAAUGAAUUAGUACAAGGAGUUAUUAUAAUAAUAACAAGUAGAAAGAGAUUUGAUAAGUGAGGAAAAUCAAAAGAUCAUAAAACAAUUGGAAUCAAUCAAAAACCUAUGUAAGAAGAGUCUACCUGAGUUUGGUAUCAAUGUUGAUUUUUUGGAUAAAUUGUCGAGGAUGCAUAAACUCAAAAACACUUAAUAGGUAGAUGAGUAAGAUGAAGAAUAUGAAGAUGAUAAUGAAAAUGAAAAUGAAAAUUAGGAAGAAGUGGAUGAUUAAGAGUAAGGAGGAGAUUAGAAUCAAUAACUUGAGGAUGAAUAAUAGCAAGAAUAAAAAUGAUUUAAAUGUAAAACCAUUCAAUUUAAC